GAAUAAUCACUAAAAAACCUUUUUUUUGCGAAAGUGGAAAGUGCACGAAGUACAAGUAGGCUGCUUUUUUAAACUUCCAACUUUAUUUGUCAAUUUGAAAUGUAAAUACACAAAAAUAAGCAAAAUUUUACAGUUUUUAAAUGGAAACCAUAUCCAACGAAGAGGAGCGCGAACUUUCGCUGUUCCUGUACCACCUGACGCAGGAGAUAAUCGGCUCGCGAGACUACUCGGACUGCAACAUUAACCAAAUCUGCAGCAAGUAUUACAACAGUUCCAGCUACCCGAACAAGGAACGUCUGCGGAGGUUGGUCACCGAACUGAAGCGCAAACUCAAACUGCAACAGCAGAAUACCAUAGCCGUGCAGGCUCCGAAGCUUGUUCAGUGCCGGUGCAGUCGCUGCAAGGAGGAGGCCCUGCUGCAGAGCACCGCACUGGACCAGUGCGUGGGGACGUCCUCGAUGCCGUGGUUCGGCAAGAUCAGCGAGGCAACCCAGUUUGAGGAUCCGGUGUCGUACCAGACGAUGGCGAUGAGCGCGGGGUCAACGGCGAGUUCGUUCCGCAGUGUUCGUGACUGUUCGUCGUUGGAACAGUCCUCCGUUGAGCAGUACCAGCAAGGCGCCCGGAAGGACUCGUCCAACGAAUCGGACACGCUGAUCGAGCAGGUUCUGCUGAGGCAUGCCGGCGGGACUUACGGGGGUUCUUCGAGCGAUGCGUUGCUUCGGAUGGCCGCAGCGGAUCACGUGUUUUGCGACUCGUGCCACGGCAAGUGCCCGCUGCAGAGAUGUCAGCACUUUACGGGUGGUGCGACGGCGGGGCCGAGUUCGCGGCCGCGGUGUGGCAUGGGUGACGCGUGCCGUCCGACGCCGCGGAAGGUCUGCAAGUGUCCGCUCAAGCAGUGCGGACAUUUUGACUCGGCGGCCGGUGGAGGAUGUGGUGGGAUUGGGGGCUGUACGGGAUGUUCGAGUGAUGCGCCGCUGCUGCGGCAGGAUCCGGGACAGGAUACGCCACCGGUUACCUGCUGUGGAAGAAGCAGGCGGAGGAGGAGGGGACGGAGUAGGAGUCGGAGCAGGUGUAGGGAUAAAGCGUCGAGCUGUCGGGACGGGACUGUUGCGGGGGAGAGCUUGAAGCAUUCUUGUACGAAGUGAAAGGAAAUAAUAAAUUCGUCGGCGUGCCAUACGAGCUGUGAUGCUAUGGAAAGAUCUUACUUAUUAAUAUCAUCAAAAAUUAUGUUCUAU